AUGUCUGCUCCGCCCAGCUACGAUGAGUCCCAGGCCCAGCACCAGGCACCCCCUUAUCACAACUGGCAAGAGGCCGUCCCAGAUACGGCGACGUUCCCCCCGCCGCCAGUGUCGGGUUACUACGCUUCAGGUACCGGAAAUGCAUCCAGCGACGAUGCGGACCGGGCCCAUGCGUUCUGUGACAACACGCCCUUGUGGAAGCCCGUGAUGCCCUCACCUGCCCGGGUGGGUCGUCCCCGGCCCCCGCCGGCACGCGAAUGGAAAGGAGCAACUGCAGACCGCAAUCGCGACUGUGUGAUUUUGACGCAUCUGCCUCUCUACUUCGCCGCAGUGGACUCGCCGUUUGAGCGAGAAACAAGCAAAACCAUCUAUUUCGAGGUGACGCUACUUGGUCUCCGCGCUGGACCUGGUGCAGACCAGAGCGGGUUUUCCAUCGGGUUUGCCGCGCAGCCCUAUCCCUCGUGGCGCUCCCCCGGCUGGGAACGAGGAAGUCUGGGAGUCUGCUCGGAUGAUGGCUGUCGCUUCGUGAAUGAUUCAUUUGGCGGGCGCGAUUUCACAAAUCCCUUUAAUGUUGGCGAGACCGUUGGCGUCGGCAUGGUGUUUACUCUACCAGACAAGAUAAGUGCUGACUCGAAAGACCGGAGGAGAUGCAAGGUUAAGGUGUUUUUCACUCGCGAUGGACGAAGGGUAGGGGAGUGGGAUCUGCAUGAAGAGGUGGAUGCGGAAUCUGGGAGCGUCGAAGGCUUAGAAGGAGACUAUGAUCUGUACGGGGCCAUUGGUCUGUUUGGGGGUGUUGACUUCAAAGCCUGCUUUAGCCCUACAGGCUGGCGCUGGAGGCCCUAG